AAACCAUUUGAUCGUCCAUCCUAUCUGCUUCAUCGUCCCCAAUCCAUGUCAUCCCAAGCUUCCGUCACCAACGCCCCCUCGAACGAGGCGAGGGACCCUGCCUACUUUGGCUACUAUGCCAUGCUGCAGCAUCAGCAAAACAUGAUGCAGGACAAUGUCAGGACAUCGACAUAUAGAUCUGCGAUCCUGCUCAAUACCGAGUGUUUUGAGGAUAAGCUGGUCAUGGAUGUUGGAGCAGGCAUGAUAAAAAAAAAAAAAAAAAAAAAAAAAAAGGCGUUAUGCUUUGCUGGAGCCAAGAAGGUCUAUGCGAUCGAGGCGUCGGAUAUGGCACAGAAGAUGAAGAAACUGAUUCGUGCUGCGUCCUUGCCUCCUGGGAAAUCCAAGAACGAGUUCUUGAAGGACAAGGUCGAAGUCAUCCAAGCCAAGAUUGAGGACCCCGAGGUCGAUGCGCCCAAGGUGGAUACCAUCAUUUCAGAACCCAUCGGUGUUCUGCUUGUUCAUGAGAGAAUGAUCGAGAGCUUUAUCUAUGCGCGCGACAAGUUUUUGAAGCCUGGAGGACAUCUUUUCCCCAACAAGGGUACAAUGUACCUGGCACCCUUCACAGACGCGGGUCUGUUCACUGAAACCAUGGGCAGGGCUCGGUUCUGGGAGCAGACGACCUUUCACGGCGUAGACCUUACGCCUCUUUAUCCUGAUGCGAAGGCUGAGCUCUUCAACCAGCCUGUGGUUGGACACUUUGAGCCAAAGUCGCUGUUGGCUGUCCCUACGCCGGGCUUUGACGGAUUCGAGUUUGAUUUCAACACGAUCACGAUGCAGAGUUUGCGGGACUUUGUGGUGCCGAUCUCUUGGACGGCUCAGUACACUGGACUGAUGCACGGUGUGGCUGGCUGGUUCGAUCUGUUGUUCUCGGGUAACCCGCUGUCGGCGGCCAGCCAACCGAUCGAGAUGUCGACUGCACCCCAUGCCGAAAAGACACACUGGCAGCAGGUCCGUUUCAUGUUCCGGGAGCCGUUGGCGGUCAAUUCUGGACAGGCUAUCCGUGGGUGGAUGCAUUGUGUUGUCAACGACAUGCGAUCCUACACGGUCGAUAUUGAAAUCAUUGCGGGAGCCCAGGGGGAACUCUCGGAUCCGAGCCAGCCAUUUGAGCCAUUGUUGGAGAAGCAGGAGAAGCAGCAGGGUUAUUCUACGCGGACAUCGACAUUUGUGAGGCGGAGAGGUCGUUGGCAGUUGCAUGAGCAGGCGUACAACUAUACAUACCAGGGUCCGACCAAUGAUCUGGUGCAUCCAGAGCACUUGUGCAUGUACGAGCCUCAGAAUGUGGAGGAUGCUUAUGGCGGCAUCACUUACACUGUUUAA